UAUUUAUUCUGGUCUCCAUUUUGUUUGUAGAAACACUCCUGCAGCAGCACUGAGUCUGUGAUAUUAAUGUCACUGUUUUCUACAUACUGAUGCAUGUAUGGAGCCUCCUGUGAAGUUUCAAGAUGGAAACUCCUUACCUGUUCACAGGGAAAUACAGAGAGAGAGUUUACCAGGACCCAGCUGUGUCUCCAUGAACAGUGAUGAAUCGAUUCAGCUUCCAUUCAACUUUAGCAAUGAAAACCCUUCACCUGUACACAGUUACGACCCAGAAUCUGCUGUUGUAGAUGAAUUCCAGAAAAGGUAUAAAUUUAAUCUGAAGAAAAAGUUUCAGUGUAUAAAUGGCGUGAUAGUAAACCAGGACAAUCGAAUGCUCCUGAAUGAGAUCUACACAGAGCUCUACAUCACAGAAGGAGACAGUGGAGACAUAAAUAAAGAACAUGAGGUGAGACUGAUCGAAGCAGCAUCCAGGAGAAAAACAACAAAGGAAACUCCAAUCAAAUGCAAUGACAUCUUUAAGUCCUUUCCUGAAGAAGACAAACCCAUCAGAACUGUACUGAUGAAGGGAAUCGCUGGUAUCGGAAAAACUAUCUCUGUUCAGAAGUUCAUCCUGGACUGGACUGAAGGAGAAGCAAACCAGGACAUCCCCUUCAUAUUUCCACUUCCUUUCAGAGAGCUGAAUUUGAUGAAGGACCAAAAACUGAGUCUGGUGGAGCUCCUUCAUGUCUUUUCCUCAGAAACAAAAGAAAUAGAAAAGUCCAGAAUGGAAAAGGCUCUGUUUAUUUUUGAUGGAUUGGACGAGUAUCGUUUUCCUCUGGAUUUCCAGAACACAGAGACAGUGUGUGAUGUAACUGAAUCAGCAUCAGUUCAUGUGCUGCUAAUAAACCUGAUCAUAGGAAAUCUGCUUCCCUCUGCUCUCAUCUGGAUCACCUCCCGUCCAGCAGCAGCUGAUCAGAUUCCCUCACAGUGUGUCCAUCGAGUCACGGAGGUACGAGGAUUCAGUGACCCACAGAAGGAGGAGUAUUUCAGGAGGAGAUUCAGUGAUCAGAAGCUGGCCAGUAACAUCAUCACACACCUGAAGUCAUUAAGAAGCCUCUACAUCAUGUGCCACAUCCCGGUCUUCUGCUGGAUCUCAGCUGCUGUUCUAGAGAGAAUGUUGGGUGAAUCAGAAAGUGGAGAGAUUCCCAAAACUCUGACUCAGAUGUACACACACUUCCUCAUCAUUCAGACAAACAUCAUAAGAGAAAAGUACUCAGAGAUGCAGGAGAGUGAUGAAGAAAUGAUUCUCAAACUGGGACGACUGGCUUUUCAGCAGUUAAAGAAAGGAAACCUGAUCUUCUAUGAGGAAGAUCUUAGAGAGUGUGGCAUUGAUGUGACAGAAGCAGCAGUGUAUUCAGGUGUGUGUACGCAGAUCUUCAGAGAGGAGUUUGGGCUUCACCAGUGUAAAGUGUACUGCUUUGUUCAUCUGAGCAUUCAGGAACAUCUCGCAGCUCUGUAUGUGCACCUGACUUUUAUGAAGGAAAAUGUUUUUCAACAGAACCAGGUCUGUAGGACACUUUCAAAUGUUCACAGAUGUGCUGUAGAUCAGGCUAUAAAAAACCAGGCUGGACAUCUGGAUCUUUUUCUUCGCUUUCUUCUGGGUCUCUCACUCGAGUCCAAUCAAAAACUUCUACUUGCCUUAGUAAAACACACAGGAAGUAGCUCCCAGAGCAAAGAGGAAGCAGUUCAGUACAUUAAGGAGAAGAUCAGUAAAGAUCUUCCAACAGAGAGAUCCAUCAUUCUGUUCCACUGCCUGAAUGAACUGGGUGACAAUUCUCUAGUGGAGGAAAUCCAGCAGUACCUGAAAUCUGGGAAACAAAGUGAACUCUCUUCUUUACAGUGGUCUGCUCUGGUGUUCGUCUUACUGACAUCAGCACAAGAACAGGAGGAAUUUGACCUGAGUAAAUAUACCAGUUCAGAGAACAUAAAAGAUGAUGUUCUUGUGAAGUUGAUGCCUGUGAUUUCAGCAUCCAGAAAAGCAAUUAUCAAGUGUGAUACAAUGAAACGGGGAAGUUGUUCAGCUCUGGUCUCAGUGCUCAACUCAGAAACCUCCAGUCUGAAACAAUUGCAUUUGACUGUAAAUACACUGAAUCUGUCUUCGGAUAAACAAGACGACUCAAGAAUGAAGAAUCUCUCAGUUCUUCUGGAGAAUCCUCACUGUAAAAUAAAGAACCUGAAAUUGGAUUCUUGUGAUCUCUCAGUUGAAGGCUGCACUAUUUUGGCUUCAGCUCUGAGAUCAAACCCCUCACACCUGAGAGAACUGGAUCUGUCUGAGAAUGAAUUAGGAGACACUGGAGUGAAGAAUCUCUCUGCUAUACUGGAGAAUCUUCACUGUAAACUGGAGACACUGAGGCUGCGUAUUUGUGAAAUCUCAGGUGAAGGCUGUGAUGCUCUGAAAUCAGCAUUGAGUUCAAACCCCUCACACCUGAGAGAGCUGGAUCUGCAUGGAAAUAGAAUAGGAGACUCAGGAGUGGAGUUUCUUUCUGACGCACUGGAGAAUCCUCACUGUAAACUGGAGAGACUGGGAUUGGAAUAUUGUGAGAUCACAGAUAAAGGCUGUGCGGCUCUGACUUCAGCUCUGAAAUCAAACCCCUCACAUCUGAGGUACCUGGAUCUCUCUCAGAAUAAAGUAGAAGAUGCAGGAGCGAAGUGUCUCGCUACUGUACUGGAGAAUCCUCAGUGCAAACUGGAGACUCUGAGGUUGUACAGUUGUGGUAUCACAGAUGAAGGCUUUGUUGCUCUGAAUUCAGCUCUAAAAUCAAACCCCUCACACCUGAGAAAUCUGAAUCUCUAUGGAAAUAAAAUAGGACAGAAGUUGCUCUCUGAUCUGAAGAAUAAUGAAUACUCCAAACUUCAGGAGAUGAUUGAACUACGGAGAAAGAGAUCAGAAUCACCAGAACCCAGCUGUGUCUCCAUGAAGAGUGAUGAGUCCAUGGAUCAUCCACUGAGGUUUAGCGAUGGAAACUCCUCCCCUGUACACAGUGAACUACAGAGAAAGAGAUCAGAAUCACCAGAACCCAGCUGUGUCUCCAUGAAGAGUGAAGAGUCCAUGGAUCAUCCACUGAGGUUUAGAGAUGGAAACUCCUCCCCUGUACACAGUGAACUACAGAGAAAAAGAUCCGAAUCAGCAGAACCCAGCUGUGUCUCCAUGAAGAGUGAAGAGUCAAUGGAUCAUCCACUGAGGUUUAGAGAUGGAAACUCCUCCCCUGUACACAGUGAACUACAGAGAAAAAGACCUGUAUCACCAGAACCCAGCUGUGUUUCCAUGAAGAGUCAUGAGUCCAUGGAUCAUCCAUUAAGGUUUAGCGAUGGAAAAUCCUCAUCUGUACACAGUGUUCUACAGAAAGCAGGAGAGAAAAUCAUCACAGUUACAGGAUACGACCCAGAAUCUGCUUCUGUAGAUAAGUUACAGAAAACCUACAAAUUCAAUAUGAAGAAGAAGGUUCAGUGUAUAAAUGACGUGAUAAUGAACCAGGAAAACCGAACGCUCCUGAAUGAGAUCUACACAGAGCUCUACAUCACAGAAGGAGACAGUGGAGACAUAAAUAAAGAACAUGAGGUGAGACAGAUCGAAGCAGCAUCCAGGAGAAAAACAACAAAGGAAACUCCAAUCAAAUGGAAUGACAUCUUUAAGUCCUUUCCUAAAGAAGACAAACCCAUCAGAACUGUACUGAUGAAGGGAGUCGCUGGUAUCGGAAAAACUGUCUCUGUUCAGAAGUUCAUCCUGGACUGGACUGAAGGAAAAGCAAACCAGAACAUCCCCUUCAUAUUUCCACUUCCUUUCAGAGAGCUGAAUUUGAUGAAGGACCAAAAACUGAGUCUGGUGGAGCUCCUUCAUGUCUGUUUUAAGGAAACAAAAGAAAUAGAAAAGUCCAGAAUGGAAAAGGCUCUGUUUAUUUUUGAUGGAUUGGACGAGUAUCGUUUUCCUCUGGAUUUCCAGAACACAGAGACAGUGUGUGAUGUAACUGAAUCAGCAUCAGUUCAUGUGCUGCUAAUAAACCUGAUCAAAGGAAAUCUGCUUCCCUCUGCUCUCAUCUGGAUCACCUCCCGUCCAGCAGCAGCUGAUCAGAUCCCCUCACAGUGUGUCCAUCGAGUCACGGAGGUACGAGGAUUCAGUGACCCACAGAAGGAGGAGUAUUUCAGGAAGAGAAUCAGUGAUCAGAACCUGGCCAAUAACAUCAUCACACACCUGAAGUCAUUAAGAAGUCUUUACAUCAUGUGCCACAUCCCAGUGUUCUGCUGGAUCUCAGCUUCUGUUCUAGAGAGAAUGUUGGGUGAAUCAGAAAGUGGAGAGAUUCCCAAAACUCUGACUCAGAUGUACACACACUUCCUCAUCAUUCAGACAAACAUCAUAAGAGAAAAGUACUUAAAGAUGCAGGAGAGUGAUGAAGAAAUGAUUCUCAAACUGGGACGACUGGCUUUUCAGCAGCUGGAGAAAGGAAACCUGAUCUUCUAUGAGGAAGAUCUGAGAGAGUGUGGCAUUGAUGUGACAGAAGCAGCAGUGUAUUCAGGUGUGUGUACGCAGAUCUUCAGAGAGGACUUUGGGCUUCACCAGUGUAAAGUGUACUGCUUUGUUCAUCUGAGCAUUCAGGAGCAUCUCGCAGCUCUAUAUGUGCACCUGACCUUCAUGAAGGAGAAGAAGAAUAUUUUUCAGCAGAACCAGGUCUGUAGGACACUUUCAGAUGUACACAGAAGUGCUGUAAAUCAGACUUUGAACACUGAGACUGGACAUCUGGAUCUUUUCCUCCGCUUUCUUCUGGGUCUCUCACUCGAGUCCAAUCAGAAACUUCUACUUGCCUUAGUAAAACACACAGGAAGUAGCUCCCAGAGCAAAGCUGAAACAGUUCAGUACAUUAAGGAGAAGAUCAGUGAAGAUCUUCCUACAGAGAAAUCCAUCAAUCUGUUCCACUGCCUGAAUGAACUGGGUGACAGUUCUCUAGUGGAGGAAAUCCAGCAGUACCUGAAAUCUGGGAAACAAAGUGAACUCUCUUCUUUACAGUGGUCUGCUCUGGUGUUCAUCUUACUGACAUCAGCACAAGAACAGGAGGAAUUUGACCUGAGUAAAUAUACCAGUCCAGAGAACAUAAAAGAUGAUGUUCUUGUGAAGUUUAUGCCCGUGAUUUCAGCAUCCAGAAAAGCAAUUAUCAAGUGUGAUACAAUGAAAAGGGGAAAUUGUUCAGCUCUGGUCUUAGUGCUCAACUCAGAAACCUCCAGUCUGAAACAACUGCAUUUGACUGUAAAUACACUGGAUGUGUCUUUGAAUCAACAAGACGACUCAGGAAUGAAGAAUCUCUCAGUUCUUCUGGAGAAUCCUCACUGUAAAAUAAAAAACCUGAAAUUGGAUUCUUGUGAUCUCUCAGUUGAAGGCUGUGCUGCUCUGACUUCAGCUCUGAGAGCAAACCCCUCACACCUGAGAGAACUGGAUCUGUCUGGGAAUGAUUUAGGAGACACUGGAGUGAAGGAUCUCUCAUCUGUAAUAGAGAAUCUUCACUGUAAACUGGAGAUACUGAGGCUGCGUAUUUGUGAAAUCUCAGGUGAAGGCUGUGAUGCUCUGAAAUCAGCAUUGAGCUCAAACCCCUCACACCUGAGAGAGCUGGAUCUGCAUGGAAAUAGAAUAGGAGACUCAGGAGUGAAGUUUCUUUCUGACGCAUUGGAGAAUCCUCACUGUAAACUGGAGAGACUGGGAUUGGAUUAUUGUGAGAUCACAGUUGAAGGCUGUGCAGCUCUGACUUCAGCUCUGAAAUCAAACCCCUCACAUCUGAGGUACCUGGAUCUCUCUCAGAAUAAAGUAGGAGAUGCAGGAGUGAAGUGUCUCGCUACUGUACUGGAGAAUCCUCAGUGCAAACUGGAGACUCUGAGGUUGUAUAAUUGUGGUAUCAGAGAUGAAGGCUGUGUUGCUCUGAAUUCAGCUCUAAAAUCAAACCCCUCACACCUGAGAAAUCUGGAUCUCUAUGGAAAUAAAAUAGGAGAGUCAGGACAGAAGUUGCUCUCUGAUCUGAAGAAUAAUGAACAUUACAAACUCCAAAAGCUGAUAUUUAGCAGGUGUUAAACAUCAGUGUGUGAGAUGAAGACUCCAGUGUUUCUGCCUUUUUCCAUGUUGUGGAACAGAGAACCAGUGCACAGUGAAUCAGACUACAGUUCUACACUACACAAGUAUAACAGCUCAUAACCAGCCCUGACCUUAGGCUCAAAACAUCUAAAGGAUGAAGCUUGGGUUCAGUGUCACUGCUUGGUUUAAAAAAACUAAACAAAAAACUUUUUGAUAAGCUAUUUCCCCCCCCAAAGAAACCAAUGAUACUAAAUGUGCCUUUAUCCAUGACCUGCAUAUUUCCUUCUUCCAUCUUUUAACUAUGCUGGCAAGACAUAGACAGCUCUUUAUUCUCAUAAAACUCCUUAAUGAAUUUCAAAAGGGGAAUAAAUACCUUAGAUCUAGUUUUCUUCAUCUUUAUGUAAAAUGUUGUCUACAAUCUAUUAAGUUGCAUUAAAAUAUGUACAAAUGACUUCUUUAGAAAUGUGUAUUUCAGAAGCUUUUUAUCAUAAACAUAAUGCUUUUUUUCAAGUUUUUUUUUACUAAAUAUAAAUACAGCACUUUCAACAUAUUCUCUUUGCAGUGGAAAAUCCAAAGUGUUAAAGAGAAAGUACAUACUUCUGUAUUACAUUUAUUCAGUCACAUGUGUUCAGUGUCAUGCUUCAUAAUAUUUCACAUAUGCGUUACAAUGCAAGAGUGAUCUUUAUAUAUUCCUCUGUAUACAAAAGGCACUGGUCUUAAAUGGUAAUAUGCCUAAUGUACCAAAGUUAUGAUCUUAUGAACCCCAUCAGUAUUUAGCAUGUUUCUAGAUAAGCUUAUUGGUUAAUCAGGAUAAAACUGCAAAAUUUGAGCUAUCAGCGCAUUUCAGUUUGUGGUUUGUAUACUGUACUUUUAUACACACAUUUUAUUAUUUCAUUUCAUCUCUUACUUGAUGACUUUGCUUUACACUGGUGUCAAUAAAAUACUACUUUUGUGAACUA